GCUUUUUAGAUUAACUCUUUCGAUUUGAGAUUUGAGCCGAGGAGAGAGAGAGAGAGAGAGUAAAGGAGGAUGAAUCAAAACACCACUUCAGGCGAAGGCAGGCACGACGAUGAUUCCGCUUUGUCCGACUUCCUCGCUUCUCUGAUGGAUUACACUCCCACUAUCCCAGAUGAACUAGUGGAGCAUUACGUCGCCAAGAGUGGUUUCCAGUGCCCCGACGUACGACUAAUAAGGCUGGUAGCUGUUGCUACACAAAAGUUUGUUUCAGAGGUUGCAACUGAUGCUCUUCAGCAGUGCAAAGCAAGACAGGCAGCAGCAGUCAAAGAUAAGAGAGAUAAGCAGCAGAAGGAUAAACGCCUGAUCUUGACAAUGGAGGAUUUAUCCAAAGCACUUCGUGAGUAUGGCGUGAAUAUGAAACAUCAAGAAUACUUUGCGGACAGCCCUUCAACUGGAAUGGAUCCUGCUUCAAGAGAAGAGUGAAGUGUAUUUGUUUCUGAACUUACUACUUCAGGUCAAGUUCGGUUUCUGACUUUCUGUUUCUUUCGUAUUUGUCCUUAAACUUUAACCGAGGUGGUUCUUCCAUAGAGUAAUGUGUUUGACAUAUACAGGGAAAGUUGUCUUUAUUAGCAAUUUGUACAUUUUCUGUCAUCUUGUCAUGGAAGACAAUUUGUUU